UAUUAUCCCAAUAAACAGCAGCACAGUUUAUAGGGCAGAAGGGGUUUUCUUCCCCAGCUGUAAGGACAUUAGCAUAUAUAGGACUUGUUUUAAUUAAUACGAUUCUGAGACCCCCUCACCCCUCCCUCUGCCACCCCCUGCAGUCUCCUUUCUUCUCUCUCUCUCUCUCUCUCUCUCUCUCUUAUUCUCUUCAGUGUGACACAGUCUUAGCCUGUCGGGAACUGAUGGCAGGAGGAUCGCCCUAUUCCCCAUCACACGCACAGCAAACCCCACAGAUGGAAACAGAUACCUCCGAUUCAAGGAAGAGACCCCUAGAGACCCCAACGGACGCCAUCAGCACCAAGAGGUCCAACACUGCAGAGGAGGGUGAACUCUUCCUGAAAGUGCUAAUCCCCAGCUAUGCGGCGGGUUCCAUUAUCGGAAAGGGGGGUCAGACCAUUGUCCAGCUACAGAGAGAGACGGGGGCCACCAUUAAACUCUCAAAGUCAAAGGACUUCUAUCCAGGAACUACAGAGCGAGUCUGCCUGCUACAAGGAUCCGCAGAUGCGCUGCUCGCUGCGCACAACUUCAUAGCAGAGAAAGUCAGGGAGGUACCACAAGGGGUGGCCAAAAAUGAUCUUGGGGUUCUUCUGCAACCGCAAAACUCAGUCAAUGCUGAACGAGCCAAGCAGGCCAAGUUAAUUGUCCCAAACACAACCGCUGGCUUGAUCAUUGGCAAAGGUGGAGCUACUGUUCGUGCAAUUAUGGAAGAGUCUGGGGCAUGGGUCCAGCUCUCCCAGAAGCCUGCAGGACCCAAUCUUCAGGAACGAGUGGUGACAGUGAGCGGAGAAUCUAGUCAGGUCCAGCGAGCCUUGCGCAAUAUCAUCCUUAAAGCCAGAGAAGAUCCACCACAAGGAAGUGCCCACCUGAACAUCAGUUACACAAACUCGCAUGGUCCAGUGGCCAACUCCAACCCCACUGGCUCACCUUAUGCUGGUGGCACAGCAGAGCCACAGUUGACCCCAUUUCCUGCUGUACCUCCAGCUCCACCCGCAAUCACGGGAGGAGACCUUUUGGCCAUCUCCACAGCCCUCAACACCUUGGCCAGCUAUGGUUACAGCACUGGACUAGGCUUCAACCCACUUGUUGGAGGUGUUCAUCCAGCUGCGGUUAGCUUGCUGGCAUCCUACGCAGGUGAGGCUGCACCAGCACUGGGACUUGGAGCGGGUGGGAUAAUGGUGGAUAAGCUGGCAGCAGAGAGCCUGUCAGGCAAGGAGACUCUAGAGAUGGCUGUCCCAGAAACCCUGGUGGGUGCCAUUUUGGGCAAGGGUGGUAAGACAUUGGUUGAAUAUCAGGAGCUGACAGGAGCACGUAUCCAGAUCUCCAAAAAAGGAGAGUUUGUUCCAGGAACAAGAAGUCGGAGGGUAACCAUUACUGGGCCCCCAGGAGCCACACAAGCAGCACAGUACCUUAUUGGCCAGAGGGUGGCCUAUGAGCAAGGUGUGAGGUCAAGCAACCCACAGAAGGUUGGGUAGUAAAGAAUGUUGGGUAGUGGGAUAUUGGUGAGAGUGGGGGAGAUGUUGGUGUGAGUUAUGACAAUAAUGGGCUAGGAGGGGUAGAGGAAAUAUUUGCUUCAAUGGACAGAUGGUUGAACCCAUAUGAUAGAGGGAGUGGCUAGGCUUUGGCUUGUAUAAAAAUUAGAGAAAUUCAAAGUCUGGCAUCUCUGGGGUUUCCGAGAAUGGAAAAAUGGGAACUGACACCUCAAUCACUGGAGGGUUCUGGGAAUGAGGUCUGGCACCUCUAAACUGGGGGGAGAAAGAAUGAGCCUCUCAUAUCAUAAUGAUAGGACAAAUUACAUACAUUUUACCCUAAAAAUGUGAACAAAUUUUAAAAAUAACACAGCAAUAAAGCCACAAAUGUGCACUAUUGUAUCCCGGCACUAAACACAACUACUACUGAAAAAUGACACACACAGGAGAACCUUGGACUCUGUACCCCGCCCCUGCAGAGUGACACCAUGACACAGAAACAGGGACUAGGAAGACUGCAGGGUGACAUCAUGGCACAGACACAGGGACCUGGUAUUCUGUUCCUUCUCCUCCGCAGGGUGACACAGUGACCCUGCAGAGUGACAACAACACCAAAACACAGGGACUUGGGAACCUGUUUUAACCCCUGAAGGUUGACACCAUGACACAGACACAAGGACUUGCCCAUCCCUUCCCCUACAGGGUGAAACAGUGACACAGACACAGGGACCUGGGUGUCUGUCCUCCUGCAGGGUGACACAAUGACACAGACAAAGGGACCUGGAAUUAUGUUCUUCUUCCCAUCAGGGUGACACAAAGACACAGGGCGUCUGUCAUCCUGCAGGGAGACACAGUGACACAGACACCUGGGAUUUUGUUCCUCUUCCCUUUAGGCUGACAUAAUGACACAGGGACCUGGGCAUCUGUCCUCCUGCCGGGAGACACAGUGACAUGAAUGUCUGUUCCUUCUCCCUCGGCAGGGUGACACAAACAGGGGGAAUUGGGUGUCUGUCCUUCUCCUCUGCAGGGUGACACAUACAUAGGGACCUGGGUUUCUGUUCCUCUCCCCUUCAGGGUGACACAGUGAGCUGGGUGUCUGUCCCUUCUCCUUCAGGGUAACACAGGGACCAAGGUGUCUGUCCUUCCCCUCACAAGGUGACAGACAGAAGGGCCUCAGAAUCUAUUAACCCAUUAUGAUCCCAGCUAUAUCCCCUAACAAAUCUUCUGACUUCUCUCUUCCUCAAUUCACAAACAUGUGCCAAAUUGUUAAUAUUUAUUUUUAGCCACAAACUGGUGCCAAAUUAAAUUCCCUUUACCUAUUUUGUAGGGUUGUAUUGCAAAGUCCCGCACGUCACCAUCCCCCCACCCUGAUUUAGAUAGAUACCUCUAGAACUUUAAUGAAAUACAGGCUAUUUAGCUGCUUAAUGUUACAAAAGCAGGGUUAUGGGUGUCCAAAAUGGCACAUUUUGAGUUGAAACAUGUUUCCAUGCAGCACAGAUGGAUGGGCAUAUGGCUUACUUAGCUGACUUCAGGUUUGUCUAAGGACUCAGAAUCCUUUUGCACAAGGAGAACAGAACUGGAUCUGUCUGCACUGCUAAUGUAGAGGAAUGGACAUUUGCUGUUCCAGCGCACAGUUAUGUAAUAUAAGGGCCAGUGAGGGAACCAUUGGCCGAUAUCUGAAUGCUGCUCUUGAAAAAUGACCAGAGGAUAUAGCCCUAUAUGGAAACUGAUAUUUAUAUGGAAAAUGGGCGGGGAAGAAGGGACUGAAUAAUUGUUCUACGACAUUGGGGAAGGUUCUGUAAAUUUAUUGCGAUUUCAGAAUGGCUAUAAAUAUUUCUUGAUUCCCCGUCA